UAAAAGCACUGAGUAAUCCCCAGAAUAAUUGAUCUUGAAGUUCAGUCUAUGUUCAAGAUUUGAGAAGUUUCUGGGUUUUACUCAGCAGAUCACUUGGUAAUGCUGCUUUUACACCACAAGCCCCAAGGUGUGUAGCUUCAUGAAAAGAACCAGAAAGUAGUAGUUUGUUAAAGACAGAAAUGAGGAAAGACUUGCCAUAUAAUCUGAGUAAGUUUUAGUGUUUAUGAAGUUUUAGUUCCUGUCCAUUUUUGUGGUCAAAUUUCAAGAGGGAAAGUCUUAUUUUUCAUAAUGGCUUAGUGGUCUGAUUGUGUCUUAUUAUGUUACUGGAAAUCAAAACUUUAACAAACAGAGAAAACUCUACAUUAUAAGAAAUUGUUAUUGUCAUUACAUCACAGUAUUAGAAAUUAUUUUAGCAUAACCAUCAAUAAGACAUUUCACUUCACUGUAUACAAAACAGGAAGAAUAAUCUCAUAAAAUUGAGAUCACACUGUAAGUGAAGUUAAAACAGUAUUUAAUAAAAACAUGAUUAUAGACUGCAGGAGAAUUUUAAUUUAAAGUUAGUUGGUGGAGGAUAUCGCUCACCAGUUGCGUAUUAGGGAAAGAUUACUACUACAGUGUAUUUGUAUAGCUCUUAAUCAAAGGUACAGUCAAAUAAUGUUCACAGUAAAAAAACUUUACUCUACUGUAGGCCUACCUAAAUCAACAUCACAAUGUAUUAUUUAGUACUUCAAAAAUUCACUAAUCUUUCCCCCAUAAUCAUGAUUCCAAAUCAGUCCUGUGGUUCAUUUUGCCAUGUGUUAAAGGGAAACAUCGAGACGAGGUGUCAGACUACUUAAAAGUAUUAGGAAUUCUUCCUGGAGGUUUUCACCUUUUUAAGUACAAAAAAGUAUUUGUACUCAUAAAAUCUUCCUGGAAAUACACUGACACUGGGAGGCCAGCGUGUUUCAAUUAACUCCACUACUAGUGUAUCUACAACUUUUGGCUUUUGCAAAUUGCAAUAACCUUAAAUUGAAAUUUUGUUUAUUUGCAUAAUAUUCUCACUACCUAUAUGUGCUUAUUUUGACCUUUCAUGGCUGAAAAGAGUGUUUGUGAGUAAGCUUUCCUUAUGUGUGUGUAGUCAGGUGUAGUCACUCUGAAUUCCUGGCAGGACAGCCCGAGAGGUGGUUUUUAAUAAUAAAGUCAGACUUACUGUAAUUUUAGCAAAAUGUAACACUGAAAGGAAAUGCAGUUGGAAUAAUGAGGAGACUUUCAUCUGUUCAGUGUAAUUUGUUUAAUUACCAAUUAAUAAUUAUCAAGUUAAUAUAAUAAAGAUUAUAAUUGGCCUAUUGAAUUGAACCAAAUUUAUCUUGUUUCCAGGUCUUUUUUGUGAUAAAAUAAUAGAAAUACUCUUCAUUUUAUUGGGCACUAUACAUGUAUUAGUAAAAUCAUCAGUCUGUGGCUGCAACUAACAAUUAGUUUCAUUAUCGAUUCAUCUGCAGAUUAUUUUCUCGAUUUAAUGUACUAAUUUGGCUUAUAAAAUCUCAGAAAAUAGUCAUACAUGCCUGUAACAAUUUCCUAAAACCCAAGCUGAUGUCUCCAAAUCGCUAAUCAAUUAUCAAAAGAGUUGACAAUUACUUUUCUGUUGAUUGAGUAAUCAGUUAAUCGACUAAUCGUUUCAGCUCUCCAUCAGUCCCAAAUGAAUAUUACAGGAAUGUUCUGAUUUUAUGGUGAAUUUAGUGGACUUUAGUUGAAGUAAAUGAGGAGCCCUUGCUCUGAUAAAACAAUACAUUUAUAACGCUGAUAGCAUGACGUUUGGCCUGUGGGCCUUUAUUAGAUAACCAUGAAUAGAAACAUAACGUGGCUUUGUUAUUACUGAGUCCACUGUGAAUCCCUUUUUGAUCCUAAUAUCAGAUAUUCACCAUAUAGUUUCCUAAUUAUCCUCCCACCAUCAUAUUUGACAUUAUUUUGAUAUUAGACAAAGAUAUACGGUAUAUAGGACUUGGUCAAGUGGAAUCAACCUACUUCACCACCAUACAGACAGUAGGCUACUGAACCUGCACAAUGUCUUUUUGAGGUUUCACAUCACUGCUGCGUGGGCGUGGAGGGGACGUGUUACCUUGGUCUGGAGCGCAGAAAUCCCCCACGGCACAAGGUAACUUGUGACUCUCCGGGUUUAUUUAGCGCCCCACGUCUGCGUAGCUUUUGGCGUGGGCAGCAAUUUAACAACCAUCGCUGAUGUCAGGCCAUUUCUUGUAAAUGCCCGCAGUUCGAAGAACAACACUUCCGCAAUGGGCGGGUCUACUGAAUCUUCAACAUAAUCAUUGGACAGAGUGAGGCAGCGUUGUCAAAUCAUCUCCCAGCUAUUUCAUUCAUAACACGGAGCACAAUAAACUUGAUAGGCAUGUGUCGGGGAGAAGUUGAACUCACUUGAUUAAAUCUGACAGAUCUAUCAACGUCUCAGGAUAUCACACACAGGGCCAAGAGCUCAACCGCCUAUCAAGCUGUACAAGUUAACAAUCCAUAAACAACUUUUCUCCAUCAAGAUGUCAAACACGGGAGGUCGGAGACUGAAACAGUGGCUGGUGGAGCAGAUCCAGAGCGGACAGUACUCUGGACUGCAGUGGGAGGAUGAAAGCCGCACUUUGUUCCGAAUUCCAUGGAAACACGCAGGGAAACAGGAUUACAACCAAGAAAUAGACGCAUCUAUUUUUAAGGCCUGGGCUGUGUUUAAAGGCAAAUUUAAGGAGGGGGAUAAGGCUGAGCCUGCAACAUGGAAGACCAGACUCCGUUGUGCCCUGAAUAAAAGCCCUGACUUUGAGGAGGUGACAGAAAGGUCACAGCUGGACAUCUCUGAGCCCUAUAAAGUCUAUCGCAUUGUACCUGAGGAAGAGCAGAAGCAUGGCAAAAGCUCAGUGAUGGCCAUGGCAGCUACCACCAGCCCUGGUGAUAUCACUGACAUGGACUGCAGCCCUGCAGAACUAGAGGAGCUCAUUAAGGAGGAGGAAGGCUGUAGUAUCCAGGCCAGUCCAGAGUAUUGGUCCCAGGGCAGCAUAAAUGCUUUCCCACUGCAUCAGGAGCCUUUGCCAUCAGGCACUCUCAGCUCAGCUCUCUCCCAAAUGAUGAUCAGUUUCUACUAUGGAGGAAAGCUGAUGCACAACACAGUGGUUGCUCAUCCUGAAGGCUGCCGGAUCUCCCCACAACAGCACCUGGGUCGUGGUGGCGCCCUAUACAGUUCAGACAGCAUGCAGAGUGUUCAUUUUCCCCCUGCGGAGCUCAUCGAGUACGAUCGCCAGCGCCAUGUUACACGCAAGCUACUGGGCCACCUGGAGAGAGGUGUACUGGUCCGUGCCAACCAAGAGGGCAUCUUUAUCAAAAGGCUGUGCCAGAGCCGUGUCUUCUGGAGCGGGCUGGGAGAAGUGGGCUCACAAUACAGCCACAUGCCUUGUAAACUUGAGAGGGAUGCUGUAGUCAAGAUUUUUGACACAGAAAGGUUUCUUCAAGCUCUACAGCUGUACCAGGAGGGUCAGUUUCCUGCUCCUGAUCCAACAGUGACUCUGUGUUUUGGAGAGGAACUCCAUGAUCUCAGCAAUGCCAAGGGCAAACUGAUCAUUGUACAGAUCACUGUGGUGAACUGCCAGCACCUGCUGGAGGCAGUGAACAUGCGGCGCUCUCAGCCCUACUGCAACAACCCAAACCUGGAGAUGUCUGAUAAUGUGGCCACUGACCAGAUGGCCCGCAUCUACCAGGACUUGUGCAGCUACAGUGGCCCCCAGAGGCCAGCCUGCUACAGGGACAACAUGCCCAUCACUGCCUGAACUGUGAGCAGUAAAACGCCUGCCAGGAGCUCUUCAGCGUGUACUAGACUGAAUGUGCAACAUAUUAGGCACAUUCCUUAUUUUAAUGACAUACCUUGAUAAGGUGACUUCAUUCAGUAUCACAAUUAGUUUUGACUUUUUUAAAUGUAUACCAAUCACAGUGGAUACAUAAAGAUAAGGAGGAGCAAAUCUCUUACAGUAAGACUUUUAAGCUGCAGCUCAAUAUUAGGAUGCCCCUAAUUUUUUCAGUAAUGUUUAUAUUUGUAUAUGUACAGCGCUAACACAAAAUCUGUGGCUAACCUCUGCUUUAUUAUUACAAGAGAGUGUUAUCAUCCAAGUGUUGCAAAAGCCUUAAGAACAGAUUCUUUCUAGUGACUUUCUUAACAAAUCUUUUUUAUAUAUAUUUUUCAAGACUCAGUAUGACGACAGUUUGAUAUAUGUAUAGUUCUCAAAACUGAAUUUUAUUUUUUGGGGUGAUUUUUCCAGUUGAGUUGCUUCCUCAUGUCACGGCCGUUUGGAUCAAUAGACCAAAUGAAUAUUUUGUCAGGUAUUUUUCAAUUUUUUAUGUUAUUGAUAGGUUGUACUAUCAGACUGUUUUACUUGACCUUUAUUUUCUCAUUUUUAUAAACUGCAUUUCUAGUAAAACAUUUUUUUUUACUGAA